UUCCAGGAUGAAAACGUGGAACGAGAGGUGGUAAAAAUUUCCCGAGAAGUGAAGAAAAAAAACCCCGCGAACGAGAAUGAUAGCGUCGGUCUCGGUGUUGCACAAAUAGUCAUAACGGCAGCGACGCCUAUGGAGGAAGUCGACCGUCCCUUCCCUGGCAUCGAGGAAGUCCAAGAAGAGGACGAGCUGCAGAAUGAAGAAAAUCCGCAAGAGCAACAGAAGCAAGAGUCGAAGCCAGCUCAGGAGCAGCAUCGGCCGAACGCGAAUAAGCCCGAGGUGGAGGCGCCGCCGUCGGCAAGGGCAAAGCUCAAGAUGGGCGAAUCCGAGGAUAAGUCGAUAAUGGACGACCAGCCGACGGACUCGGCUCCCUUUCCUAUCAGCAGCUCGUCCGGGAGCGACGCCGACUCCACGUCCACGGACGAAGUCGUGCCCACUGGGAAGAUGCUUCUCGGUGGUCGAGCCAGUAUACCCGAUGAGCUCCAACCGGACCAACUACAAAAGCUCCAGAACCUGAAGGAGUCAAACGCCUAGGAUUGACUGAGUCUCGGCGCUACCUAACCCAAAGACGGAGGCGUCGUCGCGACGCUGUCCUGCCUUAAUAAUGCAAAAUUAAUAAAAUUGGCUCUUCCGUUAUAAGUCAUCGACGUACGUUACCCCGACACUAGCAGCUUGACAUCUACGAUUAUCCCCGAGGUAAUCGGGUAAACACGAGGACUAAAUAUAAAGCAACGCAGGCUUCACGCGCCCGUGCGUGUAUGCUCAUACAUCUAAUGGUACAUGCAUAAUUAUAUGUACAUAUGUAUAUACAUACGCAGACACACGCGCGCGAAAGCCUUCCGACACCUUCUCCAUAUCUCCGAUUCCCCUCGUUCCAGGCACACUUAUCCAUAUAAAUCCAUAUAUAUAUAUA